AUGUUCCUUAGGAUGGAGCUCAUUCCAAAGCACUUGGCAGGACUUCUUUUGCUGGCUCUCUGUGUGGUGGGCUGCUGCAGCCAACACUGGUCCUACGGUUUGCGCCCUGGAGGGAAAAGAAAUGCCGAAAACCUAAUGGAUUCCUUCCAAGAGAUAGCCAAAGAGGUUGACCAGCUCGCAGAACCCCAGCUCUUCGACUGCACCGUCCACCAGCUGCGCUCUCCGCUGAGGGAGCUGAAAGGAGCUCUGGAAAGUCUGAUUGAAGAGGAAACUGGGCAGAAGAAGAUGUAA